GUUUAAAUACUAAGUAUCAUCUGGAUAUUUCUAAGGUUCAAAACAAUCCUUAGGAUUUAACAAUCCUGUUAGGAUUUAAACAUUUGAAAUUAAUAUUCAUCACUAUGAGUAGCAAUUUAUGGAUACAUAGUAGCUAUAAAUGUAUAGGUAGUGCGUCCACUAAAUCUUACUAUCGCACUGAAAAGUAGAGAUUUUAAGGAUAAUUUAAAUUUAAAUACCUUAACAUUGAGAAUAGUCUCAAAUUUUUGAAUAAAUGUAAAGUUAUAAGGAAGUUCUCAAAAAGGUCUAAUUUUAAAAGCUGUAAUUGGCAGAUUGUUUAGUAUAUAGGUUCAUAUGUAGGCAGGGCAGAAGGGAAGAGGCACAUGUUUAUUUUUGAAAUGUAAAAACUUAAAGUGAACUUUCUGGUCAUGUGCAUCCCAAUUUGAUCAUCUUGCAUGAGAGAAGCGCAUUGUUCAGUUGGAGAGGCUAUUGCUUGCUUUGGGAGAAUGUUAAAUCCUUCCUCAUCACAAUAUAGUAAUUUGAGUUCACCUAGAUUUAGGGUCAGAGAGGUAAAGGGCAACUUGCAGAACACAUGUUUGUAGCCUUUGUCCAAAGCAGUCCUUAUCCUCCAUUGAAAAACUAUCUGGCAUUAUGGUGUACCGAGCUGAAUAGAACACUUCUGAACUUGGGGGUCUGGAAUGUAGUAUAUGAAGGUACUUGAAGAGAAUAGCUGGCGCUAUGGCAUAGCAGGGCAAGCUGCUUCCUGUGACAGUGGCAUGCCAUAUGGGCACCGGUUUGAGUCCUGCCUGCUCCAAUUCUGAUCCAGCUCCCUGCUAGUGCACCUAGGAAAGCAGCAGAAGAUGGCUCAAGUACUUGGGCUCUUGCCACGCAUUUGGGAGAACUGGAAGAAUCUUCUGAAUCCUGGCUUUGACCUGGCCUGGCCUUAGCUGUUGUGGCCAUUUGGGGAGUGGACCAGUGGAUGGAAGAUCCACCCAUCCCCAUAACUCAGUCUUUUAAAUUUUUGAAAAAUUUAUUUUCUAAUUCUGUUUUUCAAAGAUCUUUUGAAGCAUCCUUAUUAACUAGGUUUCAGAAAUACAUUUCUAGUGGUUCUGGAAAAAUACUGGCAGCAAGAUCGUAAAACUAAAAACCUGUAGACAGCAUUUGCAGUAAACUCGAUAAGCUGUUUUCCACAAGCCCCUAAAUAUCAGCCGUUAGAGACAAGUUACCGAGCAGCCUGCUGUUGGUUUCUAUGAGGGGGGGAAGGAAGAAAUGGCGUAGUAGUUGACCUAAGAGAGGAAGAGUCAUGGGGAAAAAGAUGAAAUUUGGAGUUUUGUCCUUUUCGGUAGAGUACAAGGUAUCCAAAGUGAGGACUAGAGCGUUUAGAAGAGAUUACCCCCGUGAACUCAAAAGCACUGGUGCAGGUUCCCUGCUAGGAAUGGCCCCACACUGCGGAGAAAAUUACUGAAAGUAUGAAGUUGAACAGGAGUCAGAAAAUGAAGUAAACCAAUUGGGGUGUGGGCAUGCCAAGCUCUGUCUUAAUGGUAAGGCCAAAUGCAUGCCCGUACUGCUUUUUUGACGUGCGUAGGAUAAUCCCUAGUUCUAGUAGUCCAACACUCGUUGAAUGAAUAAACGAGGUUGAUCACAAAGAAGUCAGUCUACCUUUUAUUUUGUGGCUCAGUAGAAGGCAUUAAACUGGCAAUGGUAUGCCAAUGCACCUCUUCGCUGAAAUACAGGAAUAUGAAAUUGUGUCUUAUGAAACCAUUAACCAGUCAGAACUGAAAAUUAGACUAGGGGAGUGUCUGGCCCACAUGCAGCAGCCUGGGUAACCAGGACGCAAGGAAUGAAUCCUGACAACUGCAAAGCUGCAAACCUCUCCAGGGCACCGCUUAGCUUCCGCGUCCUACCAGCGAUUAGAAGAUGUUCGCUGAACGACCGAAAAAUAAAUCGCGACCUGCCAAGGCAGUGAAGUUUGGGAGCACGGGGUCACUUCGGGUCGGAUGUAGGGGGCGAUACAGUGCGUGCAGAGCUGUGUGCGGUGCGAACUCGGAACGGCGGGCCCUGCUCUCCACGCAGAGGCCUGGGAGCGCUUGCAAGCGAACCGCCGCAUCCUGCGCAGGAGUCAGCGUCCCCACCGCCGCAUACUGUCCCGCCCACCAGCCAUCUCUUGGCUUCUAUUGGCUGCUUUGUGGAAAACCCGCCCUCUUGGGAGAAACUCAUUAGCCUUCUGAGGCCUGUUCUAGUGCCGCGACUAGUCUGACGUUGUCCAAUGACCAAUCAGAAGCAGCGAUCUUAUGCCUGUCCAAUGAGAUCGGGCAUGGGUUACGGCCCGCGGAGUUUGAUUUUCCUCCAGGAACGCGGAAGUACGGGGCCAUCCUGGGAGCGGGCGGCAGGUUAGCAGGUCGGGCGAGGACGUCCUUUCUCUCCCAAAGCUAUCCCGGUUGAUGCGGGCGCUGUGGGACCGAGUCGCCAGUGGGCCGCAUACUCUCCGCGGAGGCAACCUUACUCCCUGUGCCCUGCAAGCCGAGGCUCGCAGGCGGACGCCGGUCGACAGCUGAGCGCUUCUGGAGGGAGCCGCGCGUUGUGCUGGGGUCGCGGAUUCUGAGUCGGACUUCCACAACGCCCCUCUGCUUGACCUUCCCCAGCUCGCGGGAGGCUCGGCUCCGGGGAAGGCACCAAGACACUGAUAAUGUUUCCAUGAAUUUGCCUCACUAUUCACGCCAUCCAUGUCUCUCAUAUUGCGUGUCUUAAGAGAGAUGCUGGAAUAUUUUGGUGUUCCCAUAGACCAGAUUUCAGUGAUUUGGAAAAAUAAAGAUUAUGGAUCAGCUCGGAGUAUUGUUCGUAUUAUUGGGAAAAUGCUUCCUUUAGAACCUUGUCAAAGACCCAAUUUUGAGUUGAUCCCGCUCUUGAACUCUGUAGACCCUGAUAAUGGUGGACCUAGGGUUCCAUCUUUUGCUGAUAUUUUGUGUGUGGCAAAUGAUGAAGAAGCCAAUUGUCUCAGAUUUCGAAGUAGCAUGUGGAAACAUGGAGGAGAGGAGAAAACUGAAUUUACCCGUCCUGUGCAACUAGUCGGGGAUCCAUUGCCACCUACUCGACGAGAACACAAACCAGUGAAACAUGACCUGUCUGCAAAUGAAGCUGCAGUAAAAAAAAUAGCUGCCCUCGAAGAGGAACUUACUUUUCUUCGCUCUCAGAUUGCUGCAAUUGUGCAAAUGCAGGAACUGAGAAACAGCACAAAUUCUGGUUCCUUUGACGUGAAUGACAGGCCCAGUAGAUUAGGACAAGCACCACCAUCAGGAGCUGCUCAGUUUCCGGGUUUGAUCCUUUCUUCCCCUCCUCCACCUCCACCGCUUCCCCCUCCAUUUUCUCCUCUCCAGCCUUCGUGUUUCCCUCCCAUCCAGCCAGAAUCAGAUGAUAUUUGUGACUCGGGAAAUCCAGGUGCUAGUAAGACCAGUUAUGGUCAUCAUUCAAAGAGCCAGAGAAUGAAAGGUCUUCCAGACAUGUUGGAUGUUCUCAAGGAUAUGAACAAGGUCAAGCUUCGGGCUAUUGAACGGUCACCUGGUGGUAGACCCAUUCACAAGAGGAAAAGACCGACUUCACAGUGGGACCCUGUGUCUUUAAUAUCACAAGCACUUAAGCAAAAAUUUGCGUUCCAAGAAGAUGAUUCCUUUGAGAAAGAAAAUAGAUCUUGGGAGUCGUCGCCCUUUUCUAGUCCAGAAACUUCAAGGGUGAGUUUGGACAUAACACUUCACAGUCAGAAGGGCAGGAGAGGAAGAACUGAUACACACAAACGCUGUUGACCAAGGGACCGACAACAGGAGCUGUGUCCACACUCAGAAGGAAAGAUCGUGGCAAUGUGCCCGCAUGCCUUUCGCCACAUUGUUAGAGAUCUGCUGAAGGAAAUCAAGUGGAGUCUGUGCAGCGGGCUGUCACACGGCUGACGUCUGAGGAGCCUCGUCUCCAGCUGCGCAAGAUCCAGCAGUGAGCGAGCUGCUGCUGAUGGUUAGGGGUAUGGACUUCUUCCAUGUAUGUGAAUCUUGCUGAACGCUGAACACGUCCUUCUAAUAAUUUUCCCAAUUUUAAGAGCCUUUGGAUAUUUUAAAAGUUGGUAAUGAUCUGGUUUGCUUGGUUUCUAGCAACUUGGAGAUUUUCAGAGAAGAUAAAAUUGUAAUUCUUUUGUUAAGAUAUUCCUAGUUUCAAUCAUAUAGGUUAAGUUUUCUAAAACUUCUUCGAGAGAUGAUAAAGAAGUUAUUUUUAAAAGCAGAUUUUAACUGUUAAAUACUGAAAGUAGAGAUUCUAAAAUUUAAAGUAUUUAAAGAAUCUUGACAAGUAUUGCUGUAUAAAAAUGUAUCAUUUUUGUUUCCUUCAUUCCUUAAUACAUUUAUACUCUGUUCCUUUGUCAGUAGAGUGAAAAUAAAUGCACUCUUUGAACUUGA